GGUAUUGGCUCCGGAAUCAUGGUGAUUAUGCUGUCUGUUUACAACGCUACAUUCUUCAUGAAGUAUCGAGGAGUCGCCACUGGUUCCAAGUUUGUAGGCUGGUCCCUUUCAGGUUUAGUAUUUCCUCCUAUACUGACUUUCCUCUUCAAAUCCUACGGCUUCCAAGGUGGCAUGCUGUUGCUCGGCGGAAUAGUUAUGAACGUCAUGGUCUUCAUCAUGCUGCUGAGAAAUCCGAGACCCAUCAACUGUUGCACCACUGGCAGAAAGGAAGCAAGGCGACAGCAGCUACCUUCAGUGGCACUGUCUGUGCACAACGCAGAAAACGUGCGUCCACUGGCCGUCGAAAUCGAUCUAAAGGCGAGUGGCGAAUCGCAAGCGGAGCCAUGCAAGACGCAGAGUUUAUGCACAGAGUCACUCUGCGCCGUUUUCGCGCCACUGAAGGCCCCGAUAUUUUACGCCUUCCUUCCGGCGUUUGUGCUGUGCGACUACGGCGACAUGCUUCUGUCGACGAUCAUCGUGGACUAUGCCAUAGACAAAGGAUGGACGAUUACCCAAGCCAAGCACAUGAUCACGUGCAUCUCGCUGGCGGGGCUCAUCGGGAAACUAUUAUUGCCACUGGCCGCGGACCGGGGCUACCUGAGCCGCAGCGCACUGGUGGCACUGUGCCACGUGGUCACAGCGCUUGCAUGCAUGGUCUUGCCUCACGUACACUCGGUGGUAGGCGUGUGGUUGGUCAGCUUCGUGGCUGCGGCGGAACUCGGUUGCCUCGUGACCAUGAAGGGCGUCCUCGUGGCAGACUACCUUGGCAUCGAGCACAUUGCGGCCGCCAUGGGCGUCACUGGGGUGGCGAUGCUUCCUCUGCUGUUGGGAACCCCGGCCAUCGUAGGAUUCUUUCGAGACAAAAUGGGCUCGUACGACAACCUCUUCCGGUCCCUUGCAGCCUUGGCGUUCCUCGUGGCGGUGAUGCUUCUAGGUCUCGUGUGCCGCGAAAGGGCAGACAGCCGCAUCCGGUGUCCGAAUGGUCGCUCCGGCUCCAUUAGCAACCAUGCAGUCGCCAUAUAGCGGCAGUCUUCCUGCACCCACCCAGUUCCCAUGUUACUGAGCUGACUUCGGUGCACCUUAAUGUACCUAAGUGGUGUCGCGGAUGGCAAGACGCUCAGCGAAGCGUAUGUACGGGUUUCACCUUGUGUUUUCACUGUUUAGUUGAACGCCAUCAUCAUCCGGACCAUAAACUACUACGAAGGAAGGCGACCAAGUAAGGGUCUUGCGGAACUCUCUGCUUUCAGCUCCAUAUGUUUUCGCAUCCUUCACAUGUCGCAACCAUAGCCUUGCGCAACCAUCGCCCACAUGCCCCGCAGUAGGCUGUGUUCGUGGCUGUCAGGUAUAGAAAGAGGAAUGGUGCGAAAAACAACGACACCAAUGACCAACGACCUACAAUGUUAGCAGUGAUGAUUCCUCUGACGAUGGCUUCGUGGUUGUCAUAGACAUAAUGCAAAUGUAAAACGUUCAGCACCGUACUCCGUUUCCGUACUUCAUUUGUAUAUGGAAGGCAGGCUCCUGAGGCAUUCACCACAAUUUUCAUCCCUGUACAUCAUCAACAUCAUCAGAGAUGUCAACAUGUAAGCUGUAUAUACGCAUCUCGAGCCGAUGAUUAAAACGCGGUGGUAAAGCCCGGGUCAAC